AUGAGAGAAAUAAUGGAUUUUUAAUCUAACUCAUUUGAAUUACUAGAAUGUGGAUAUGGAGUAUUUAAAAUAAAAAAUGAGUAUAUUAUUGAUCACUCUUAAUUAUGGUCUAACGGUUAUUUUUGUAAUAGUUAUAUUUUAGUUGAUGAAAAAAUGGCUAAAUAAAUUGGAACCUUUAAAAUUAUUUAAGAUAUGGUUAGGAUUUAUGAUGUAACAAUAUUUGGAAUUGCUGAAGCAGAAGAUAUCAAUUAUGAAUUAAAAUUAGCUGACUCUGCUAUAUUAAAAUAAUCUACACUUGAAAUAAUAUCAAAUUAUAAUACUCAAGCCUAAUAUAAAAUUAUAGAUAUUUUUGAUGAUAUUUUUAAAAGCUUAAAUAAAUUAUUUAGCUAUUCUUUAAAAUUAAGAGGAAAUGAAAUUAGAGAUGUUAUUAAAAAUGGAUUUCAUUUCUUAUUAGAAUAUAAAGAUGAUUUUUUAUAAGCUUUACAAUCUGAAGGACCUUAUAUGAAUUUUAUUUUGAAAUACAUUAAAAUCUAAAAUACUUCCUCUUAUAACUGA